CGGAAGUGACGUCGUCGCCCCGAGUCGCAUGAUGUGGCAAAAUGCAAAAAAAAAAAAAAAAAAAAAAAAAAAAAGUGGGGGGAGAAAAAGAAGAUUGGCGAAAGUGAUGAGUCUAAAAAAGUAGUCCCUCCGGUUCCUCUGUUUCCCCCCGUGUGGCGUCAGGAAGCGAGGCUCCGGGCGCACUGCGCCCCGAAUUCCUGUGCCCGCCACGCGCGCCGCUCCGUGGAGGGGUACAUAAGGCAGAGGGGGUGAGGCGACUGGGCGGAGUUCUGUCUCCGGGAUCCUUCCGCUGGGCUCAGCCGUUUCCGGAGUCGGCGCUGCGCCCGGUUCCGCCAUUGCGGCUCUCCUGGCCCCUGGAGCCUCCGCCCCCGACCCGAGCUCUUUCGUCUGCCUGCCAGUUUCCUGCGUCCCCGGAGAGGAUCCUGCUGAGCCCAGCCUCCCCGCUCCCCUCCUCCUCCUCUCCCUUGGAGAGCCCGGGCAGCCACUGCCCCGCAGCCCCAGUGACAGGAGGAGACCAUACCCCCCGACAGCGCCAUGGCCCAGAUUCUGCCAAUUCGUUUUCAGGAGCAUCUCCAGCUCCAGAACCUGGGUAUCAACCCGGCAAACAUUGGCUUCAGUACCCUGACUAUGGAAUCUGACAAAUUCAUCUGCAUUAGAGAAAAAGUAGGAGAGCAGGCCCAGGUGGUAAUCAUUGAUAUGAAUGACCCAAGUAAUCCAAUUCGAAGACCAAUUUCAGCAGACAGCGCCAUCAUGAAUCCAGCUAGCAAAGUAAUUGCACUGAAAGCUGGGAAAACUCUUCAGAUUUUUAACAUUGAAAUGAAAAGUAAAAUGAAGGCUCAUACUAUGACUGAUGAUGUCACCUUUUGGAAAUGGAUCUCUUUGAAUACGGUUGCUCUUGUUACGGAUAAUGCAGUUUAUCACUGGAGUAUGGAAGGAGAGUCUCAGCCAGUGAAAAUGUUUGAUCGCCAUUCUAGCCUUGCAGGGUGCCAGAUUAUCAAUUACCGUACAGAUGCAAAACAAAAGUGGUUACUUCUGACUGGUAUAUCUGCACAGCAAAAUCGUGUGGUGGGAGCUAUGCAGCUAUAUUCUGUAGAUAGGAAAGUGUCUCAGCCCAUUGAAGGACAUGCAGCUAGCUUUGCACAGUUUAAGAUGGAAGGAAAUGCAGAAGAAUCAACGUUAUUUUGUUUUGCAGUUCGGGGCCAAGCUGGAGGGAAGUUACAUAUUAUUGAAGUUGGCACACCACCUACAGGGAACCAGCCCUUUCCAAAGAAGGCAGUGGAUGUUUUCUUUCCUCCAGAAGCACAAAAUGAUUUUCCUGUUGCAAUGCAGAUCAGUGAAAAGCAUGAUGUGGUAUUCUUGAUAACCAAAUAUGGUUAUAUCCACCUCUAUGAUCUUGAGACUGGUACCUGCAUCUACAUGAAUAGAAUCAGUGGAGAAACAAUUUUUGUUACUGCACCUCAUGAAGCCACAGCUGGAAUAAUUGGAGUAAACAGAAAGGGACAAGUUCUGUCAGUGUGUGUGGAAGAAGAAAACAUAAUUCCUUACAUCACCAAUGUUCUACAAAAUCCUGAUUUGGCUCUUAGGAUGGCUGUACGUAAUAACUUAGCUGGUGCUGAAGAACUCUUUGCCCGGAAAUUUAAUGCUCUUUUUGCCCAGGGAAAUUACUCGGAGGCAGCAAAGGUGGCUGCUAAUGCACCAAAGGGAAUUCUUCGUACUCCAGACACUAUCCGUCGGUUCCAGAGUGUCCCAGCCCAGCCAGGUCAAACUUCUCCUCUACUUCAGUAUUUUGGUAUCCUUUUGGACCAGGGACAGCUCAACAAAUAUGAAUCCUUAGAGCUUUGUAGGCCUGUACUUCAGCAAGGGCGAAAACAGCUUUUGGAGAAAUGGUUAAAAGAAGAUAAGCUGGAAUGUUCUGAAGAACUGGGUGAUCUUGUGAAAUCUGUGGACCCUACAUUGGCACUUAGUGUGUACCUAAGGGCUAACGUCCCAAAUAAAGUCAUUCAGUGCUUUGCAGAAACAGGUCAAGUCCAGAAGAUUGUUUUAUAUGCUAAAAAAGUUGGAUACACUCCAGAUUGGAUAUUUCUGCUGAGAAAUGUAAUGCGAAUCAGUCCAGAUCAGGGACAGCAGUUUGCCCAAAUGUUAGUUCAAGAUGAAGAGCCUCUUGCUGACAUCACACAGAUUGUAGAUGUCUUUAUGGAAUACAAUCUAAUUCAGCAGUGUACUGCAUUCUUGCUUGAUGCUCUGAAGAAUAAUCGCCCAUCUGAAGGUCCUUUACAGACGCGGUUACUUGAGAUGAACCUUAUGCAUGCGCCUCAAGUUGCAGAUGCUAUUCUAGGCAAUCAGAUGUUCACACAUUAUGACCGGGCUCAUAUUGCUCAACUGUGUGAAAAGGCUGGCCUACUGCAGCGUGCAUUAGAACACUUCACUGAUUUAUAUGAUAUAAAACGUGCAGUGGUUCACACCCAUCUUCUUAACCCUGAGUGGUUAGUCAACUACUUUGGUUCCUUAUCAGUCGAAGACUCCCUAGAAUGUCUCAGAGCCAUGCUGUCUGCCAACAUUCGUCAGAAUCUGCAGAUUUGUGUUCAAGUGGCUUCUAAAUAUCAUGAACAACUGUCAACUCAGUCUCUGAUUGAACUUUUUGAAUCUUUCAAGAGUUUUGAAGGUCUCUUUUAUUUUCUGGGAUCCAUUGUUAACUUUAGCCAGGACCCAGAUGUGCACUUUAAAUAUAUUCAGGCAGCUUGCAAGACUGGGCAAAUCAAAGAAGUAGAAAGAAUCUGUAGAGAAAGCAACUGCUACGAUCCUGAGCGAGUCAAGAAUUUUCUUAAGGAAGCAAAACUAACAGAUCAGCUACCACUUAUCAUUGUGUGUGAUCGAUUUGACUUUGUCCAUGAUUUGGUGCUCUAUUUAUAUAGAAAUAAUCUUCAAAAGUAUAUAGAGAUAUAUGUACAGAAGGUGAAUCCAAGUCGACUUCCUGUAGUUAUUGGAGGAUUACUUGAUGUUGACUGUUCUGAAGAUGUCAUAAAAAACUUGAUUCUUGUUGUAAGAGGUCAAUUCUCUACUGAUGAGCUUGUUGCUGAGGUUGAAAAAAGAAACAGAUUGAAACUGCUUCUGCCUUGGCUAGAGGCCAGAAUUCAUGAGGGCUGUGAGGAGCCUGCUACUCACAAUGCCUUAGCCAAAAUCUACAUAGACAGUAAUAACAACCCGGAGAGAUUUCUUCGUGAAAAUCCCUACUAUGACAGUCGCGUUGUUGGAAAGUAUUGUGAGAAGAGAGAUCCACAUCUGGCCUGUGUUGCUUAUGAACGUGGCCAAUGUGAUCUGGAACUUAUUAAUGUUUGCAAUGAGAAUUCCCUCUUCAAAAGUCUUUCUCGCUACCUGGUACGUCGAAAGGAUCCAGAAUUGUGGGGCAGCGUGCUGCUGGAAAGCAAUCCUUACAGGAGACCCCUAAUUGACCAGGUUGUACAAACAGCUUUGUCUGAGACUCAGGACCCUGAAGAAGUGUCAGUAACUGUCAAGGCUUUCAUGACUGCAGACCUUCCUAAUGAACUCAUUGAACUGCUGGAGAAAAUUGUCCUUGAUAACUCUGUAUUCAGUGAACACAGGAAUCUGCAAAACCUCCUUAUCCUCACUGCAAUUAAGGCUGACCGUACACGUGUUAUGGAGUAUAUUAACCGCCUGGAUAAUUAUGAUGCCCCAGAUAUUGCCAAUAUCGCCAUCAGCAAUGAGCUGUUUGAAGAAGCAUUUGCCAUUUUCCGGAAAUUUGAUGUCAAUACUUCAGCAGUUCAGGUCUUAAUUGAGCAUAUUGGAAACUUGGAUCGGGCAUAUGAGUUUGCUGAACGUUGCAAUGAACCUGCGGUCUGGAGUCAACUUGCAAAAGCCCAGUUGCAGAAAGGAAUGGUGAAAGAAGCCAUUGAUUCUUACAUCAAAGCAGAUGAUCCUUCCUCCUACAUGGAAGUUGUUCAGGCUGCCAAUACUAGUGGAAACUGGGAAGAACUGGUGAAGUACUUGCAGAUGGCCCGUAAGAAGGCUCGAGAGUCCUACGUGGAGACAGAACUGAUAUUCGCGCUGGCUAAAACAAACCGCCUUGCAGAGUUAGAAGAAUUUAUCAAUGGACCAAAUAAUGCUCAUAUCCAACAAGUUGGUGACCGUUGUUAUGAUGAAAAAAUGUAUGAUGCUGCUAAGUUGUUGUACAAUAAUGUUUCCAAUUUUGGACGUUUGGCAUCUACCCUGGUUCACCUGGGUGAAUAUCAGGCAGCUGUUGAUGGGGCUAGGAAAGCUAACAGUACUCGAACAUGGAAAGAGGUCUGCUUCGCCUGUGUAGAUGGGAAAGAAUUCCGUCUUGCUCAGAUGUGUGGACUUCAUAUCGUUGUACACGCAGAUGAAUUAGAAGAACUUAUCAACUACUAUCAGGAUCGUGGCUAUUUUGAAGAGCUGAUUACCAUGUUGGAAGCAGCACUGGGACUUGAGCGAGCUCACAUGGGAAUGUUUACCGAAUUAGCUAUUCUAUACUCUAAAUUUAAGCCUCAGAAAAUGAGGGAGCACCUGGAGCUGUUCUGGUCUAGAGUGAAUAUUCCCAAGGUGCUAAGAGCUGCAGAACAAGCUCAUCUUUGGGCAGAACUGGUGUUUUUGUAUGACAAGUAUGAAGAAUAUGAUAAUGCCAUAAUUACCAUGAUGAAUCAUCCAACUGAUGCCUGGAAAGAAGGGCAAUUCAAAGAUAUCAUUACCAAGGUUGCCAAUGUGGAACUAUACUACAGAGCAAUACAGUUCUACUUAGAAUUCAAGCCUCUGUUGUUAAAUGAUUUGCUGAUGGUGCUGUCUCCACGGUUGGAUCACACUCGUGCAGUCAAUUAUUUCAGCAAGGUUAAACAGCUACCACUGGUGAAACCAUAUUUGCGUUCAGUUCAGAACCAUAACAACAAAUCUGUGAAUGAAUCACUGAACAACCUUUUUAUUACAGAAGAAGAUUAUCAGGCUCUGCGGACAUCAAUAGAUGCUUAUGACAACUUUGACAAUAUCUCGCUUGCUCAGCGUUUGGAAAAACAUGAACUCAUUGAGUUCAGGAGAAUUGCUGCUUAUCUCUUCAAAGGCAACAAUCGCUGGAAACAGAGUGUAGAGCUGUGCAAGAAAGACAGCCUUUACAAGGAUGCAAUGCAGUAUGCUUCUGAAUCUAAAGAUACUGAGUUGGCUGAAGAACUCCUGCAGUGGUUUUUGCAGGAAGAAAAAAGAGAGUGCUUUGGAGCUUGUCUGUUUACCUGUUACGAUCUUUUAAGGCCAGAUGUCGUCCUAGAAACUGCAUGGAGGCACAAUAUCAUGGAUUUUGCCAUGCCCUAUUUCAUCCAGGUCAUGAAGGAAUACUUGACAAAGGUGGAUAAAUUAGAUGCUUCAGAAUCACUGAGAAAAGAAGAAGAACAAGCUACAGAGACACAACCCAUUGUUUAUGGUCAGCCCCAGUUGAUGCUGACAGCAGGACCCAGUGUUGCCGUCCCUCCCCAGGCACCUUUUGGUUAUGGUUAUACCGCACCACCGUAUGGACAGCCGCAGCCUGGCUUUGGGUACAGCAUGUGAGAUGAAAAGCUGAUCCUGUAGUCACCUAUUUUCGUACUGAAACAUCGUCUCUACCCACUUCUCAGUUUAUAAUGGGGGAAACAGGCAACGUGUUCUUGUAACCUUUAUUUCAUGAAGGACUCCUUUUUGUUUUUAACUAUAAACUUGGAUCACCUAUGUUAAAACCUUAUUUCACAUUCCACAUCAUUUUAGAAUUUAUUUUUGAACGGGAAUAGUUUCAAUGUUUUAUUCACUUGGGCUUUUUUUCUUCCCCCUCAUUCUUUAUAAAGAACUGCUCAAUAUUCAAUCUGUUGUGAAGAACCUGAUUUGCACUCUGUAGUGUUUAAAGAAACAAAGAAACUCUAAUAUUGAAUCUCUUAAAUUUAGUGUAUGUAAACAGCUUACAAAUACGUAUUGCCUAAAUGCAUUUAAAUCUGUUUUAUUCAAAGAAAAGCUAAAGCAAAAAUACUGGCAUAUGACCAUGCAAGACUGUCAGUGCCAACAAAGACAACACUAAUCAGCACAUCCUACACUGGAUUGCAGUGCUUUCCAGAUUAUUUGAAAAAUGUUACAGACAACUUGCCUGAUUUUUAAAUGAGCAUAAAAGGCCCUCUAACCUAUGCAGGUUUCCCCAUUAUGCAUAUAGAAAAUGCUAGUAUGUUUUGCUCACUUCAUAUGUAACAGGUGCCCUUAUGUUGUGCUGUAUCCUGUGCUUUUUCUGUGGGACCAUUCCAUUCAGGAGCAAAGAGCACCAUGAUUCCAAUCUUGUGUGUGUUUACUAACCCUUCCCUGAGGUUUGUGUAUGUUGGAUAUUGUGGUGUUUUAGAUCACUGAGUGUACAGAAGAGAGAAAUUCAAACAAAAUAUUGCUGUUCUCCAGUUUUGUUUGUGGAAUUUGAAAUUACUCAAAUAAUAAAUUACUGGACUGUGGAAAUAACAUAGAAUUGAAGUUUUAAUUAAAUACCACUCAAACCAAAA